AGGCCUGCCAUCACUCCGAAAUUCCAACCCCACCAAAGUGGUCGACACCAAUCGGUUCUGAGCCCCCGAAUCGCCAAAUCUUCGAGGGCCUUGCAGCACCAAUAACUCUCCCCAAGAACCAGCCAUCGUCAGGCUUCGUCUUGGUCUUCCCUUUAGACCUUAAUAAACCGCUCAAACAUGGCCGCCACCGACGCGCAAUUUCCCCUGCCAAAAGUGCUCACCUACCCCGCGUCGACCCCGCCAUUACUGGUUACGCAAGGCGCGGAAGGGCGCCUCUACAAAACCACACACCUCCUGUCUGACCGGCCGUGCGCACUCAAGUACCGCCCGCCGAAGCCAUACCGGCACCCGAUCCUCGACUCCCGGUUGACCAAGGCGCGCAUCUCGUCCGAGGCCAAGGUGCUCGAGAGAUGCUGGCGCGAGGGCGUGCCUGUCCCUGCCGUCUACGCCAUGGACCCCGCGGCGGGCUGGAUGAUGAUGGAGUGGAUUGACGGGAUCCCGGUGCGCGUGGGAAUCAACAAGUUGCUGGGUCCAAGGCCGGAGGAAGAGGCCCUGCCCGAGACACACGAGGCACUCCUUGCCGACUUGAUGAAGAGGAUCGGGGCUGCGAUCGGCGCCCUGCACAAGACAGGAGUAGUGCACGGGGAUCUGACGACGAGCAACAUGAUGCUUAGGCCAAGGAAAAGCGGCCAGGCCGGCGGAAGCACUGGGAACGAGGACGAGGGAGAGGCGCUCAAUGGGGACGUGUUCAUCAUCGACUUUGGGCUGGCGACGCAGAGCAUGUCGGACGAGGAUCGUGCCGUGGAUCUUUACGUCCUUGAGAGGGCGUUUGCGAGCACACAUCCAAGGGCCGAGAAAUUGUUCGCCGCGGUGCUUGAGGCGUACAAGGAAACCUUUAAGAAGGCAUCCUCCGUUCUGAUAAAGCUAGAGGACGUCAGGAUGCGUGGGCGCAAGAGGAGCAUGCUGGGAUAGUUCCCGAGAUGUAGAAAAAGAUACCCAAUACCUCCAAGGGGCCCAAGGAUCCAAGAGAAAGAGACCUUCCCGCUUUGAUUCGCUAUGCAGCGUGUCUGUAGAGCAAUGCCAUAAC